CAUUGGUAACACCGAGGUGGUUCUUCGCCUCCCUGGAAGUAGAGCAGUUACCUGCUGUCACCCUGGAAACUGUCUGAAGGCUGCAAGUCUCCUGGCAACCCCGGCGGGGACGGAGCAGUCGGUUAGCUCUCCGGAGGCCUGCUUCAGAUUCCCUCGAGCCACCAGCUGCCCUCGCUUCCUGGUUCCCCUGGGGCAGGUGAAGUCCCGGCAGGGCUGACCUUUGGACUUCUCCCGCCUCGUGGGCUGAUAAAAAAGCGGCCGCUGGUGAGAGUGGGAUGCCAGACCGGCUCGUCUAAAGGAGGUGGAAGAUUCCUGCCAACGGAAACAAGAGAUGGACCAUGACACCCCCUCGGCAGAGGCUUUCGUACCGCGGCCAAACGAGCUCAGGGUGCAUUUUCAGCGUGGAAGAGCAGAGCGCACUGUGGCAGUUGUGUGGCCGAUGCAUCCAGCAAGCAGAAGAAAGGGAAGAAGAAGAUGUCCGAGCAGAAGAAGUCUCAGAGUCUAGAAGAGCCUUUCACUGAAGGACUCAGGAAUGGACACAAUCCCCCCUUGUCCCGGUCAAAAACAUACGAUCCGUCCUUCUCCAAAGAGGUGGAGAAAGAAGGCAUCUCCUCCCAGCACAAAAAUUCUGUUUCUAAUCUGAUGAAACAUGCCAUAAACUUCCACCGGGCCUUUAAAGAGCUUCCGGAUGAAGAGGAACUUCUGCACACGGUCUCGUGCGCCUGGCAGAGGGAGGUUCCUUAUCACGGCCGCCUGUACGUUUCCCCCCACCACGUCUGCUUCUACUGCAGUAUGAUUCGGCGGGAGGUCAAGGUCAUGGUUCCUGUGCCAACCAUCAGUGUCUUGAAGAAAGCCAACACCUCGUUGCUGGUACCCAACGCCAUCAGUGUCCGUACGGCCGAAGGGGAGAAGUUCCUCUUUGGAUCGCUACGCUCGCGGGAAAGCACGUACCAGCUGCUGCGCUCCGUUUGUAAACACCUCCAGGAUGGCAGCCGGAACUGCAGCCCAACGACCCCUCAUCCCAGCACAGAGCAUCUUCUGAAGAUAUCUCUGAUCUCCAGGGAGGCAGACCCAAGCCAGGACCUCCCAGAGCAAGAAAUGCUUCCAGAUGUGCCCGACAGGGUGAGCGAGUCGGAGAGGCCUCCGAAAGCAUCUGCGGAGCAGCAGUUGGCAUUAACAAGCAGCGGAGGAGAGCAUGUGAAGAGGGCGCCUGAAAGCUGGUGGGCACGCCUCAACUUGCUCAACACAGUGAUCCUCGUCUAUUUAUUCGUGGUGGUGGUCUUGCUCCUUUCUUCGGGCUACAUCGGUCUCCGUAUCAUCCAGCUGGAGGAGCAGCUGACGUCCAUGGGCGCUUGGCCGAAGCUGGAGCUGCAGCAUGGGUACAAGACAACUUGAGGCAGCCUGGAUCCGAGCCUUGAUGGAGAGGGCAGCAUAACCGUCCGCCACCGUUCUUCAUUCCUGCUGGUCAGACUUUAAAAGAGGCAGCCCUGGCAGCUGCAAUCCCCAAACCGCUGGUUAGCGCUAAACAUGCCAUACACGUCCGAUGCGUGGGAAGAGAGACCAUUCUUUUGAGAGGCAACAUGCUAAAGAUGCUCCAGCUACAAGAUAGAGUUAUUGGAGCAGGGUGGGGGUGGGUGGGGGAGAUCUGAAAUACCGCUGGGUGAGAUGUCUCGGCUGCGGAGGAGAGAAUGGCUCAGAACUACAGUGUGCCUUGGGGAAAACGUCUUUUUCUAAUAAUUGUUCCUUUCAUGAGCAAAUCUUCAUUUUGGCAAAGAAAUCUCUCUUUUUUAAAAAAUGGGGAUUUUGAGACACAAAUACAGCUCCCCUUUAUGACUUUUAAAUCAAGUGUCCUCUUGCAAGUUUGCAUUCAGUGGUAAUCUAAAUUUCUCCCCUUUUUGAUCAUUUGAAGUUCUUCCCCAAGGGAUUUCAAAAAUGAUAGACUCUGCACCAAACUCUGGACACUCUGUAUUUUCAGUCCACUAUUUAACUUCUUUUUUUAAGCCAUCUAGCAUAUCACCUCCAUGGCCAGUAGUAGUCUACCUGUGGGGUGCUGGGUGGGGACAAACAGGGGAAGGCUGGCACCUUCUUAGGAAACAGAACAGGGCUAGGCAGAGGCAGGGUUCCUUUUUUUUUUCUUUUUAAAAGAGGUCUUUUAAAUCUCUUUAAAGAGUGGGGGGGGGGGGCAAGAAUCCAUGAAUUUAUUUUGGGAUGGUGAGGGUGGUGGCUGUUUUCUCCCUCCAAACAUUGAAGUCAAACAUGCGGUGCAGGGGAGUGGAUUUCUUUUCCCCUGUUCCUUUCUGUGGGGGAAUUAUAAAGCUGCAAGUCUCAUGCUAGAUUUUAAAAAUUCAACUAUUUAUACUGCAAA